CACUGGCGAGCCGUCUCUCUUUCACUCUGUUAGAUUCAUAGCAAAUUCAGGGUUUAAGGAGAAUCAAUUCGAAAUCAAAAUGGGAGUUUUCACCUUCGUUUGCAGGUGCUCCGGUAACGAGUGGAGUGCCAAGCAGAUCGCCGAAGGCGAUAUUGAGGCCUCCGCUUCCUCCACCUUCGAGUUGCAAAGGAAACUUGUCCAAUCUGCUCUCUCCGCUGAUUCCUCCGGUGGCGUCCAGUCCUCUUUCUCUUACGUCACUCCUUCAUCCGCCGUUUUCCAGGUGAUCAUUGGUGGUGGCAGUGGUGGAGCCUUCUUUGGCGGUGGUGGUGGAGGUGCAGCAGCUGCUCCAGCAGGAGGUGCAGCAGCUGCAGCUGAGGCACCUGCUGCUGAGGAGAAGAAGAAGGAAGAGGAGCCAGAGAGUGAUGAUGAUAUGGGAUUCUCUCUUUUUGAUUAAGGCGAUUGCUUAGUUACUGUGUCUUUGUUGAUCUGUCUUGUUUCAUUCUGUAUGGUUUUGACUCGUGUUGCAAAAUUUUACUAGCCCUGGUGAAUUGGAUUUAGAUCAGAUUAAGUGUUUUUGGAUCAGAGAUGGGUAUAUUGAAUGAGUUCAUAUUUAGCA